AUGGCAAAAGCUAGCACGCUCUUGCCGAACAGGCGGAACGAGAUCAUCGGGGGUAUUCGCGAAGCUCAGACCGCACGGAAGCACAGGCAAUAUCGGCUCGACCGUCGCUUUGUUCAGUGGAAGCCGGAUGAUGUAAAAGCAGCGGUACAGCGGGUGUCAACCGAGUCUGGGUCCGAGAUCAUCCACGAGAGCAACGCUGAUGGAAUAGACAAACCGAAUACCCAAGCGUUGAAAUCUUUCAACCAACAAGGUGCAGCUCUACUUCGAGGAGGAGGCCAAAACAGGCAACCAUUAACAAAGUUGUCGCCCGGACGGACUCCCGAGGUUGGGAGGGCACAGGCCACCCCUCUCCCUGACCACUCGCCUGGAUUUUCUUCGCCUGUUGUCUCACCAACGCCGCUCCGGCCAGCCUCGCGCGACAAAGAGGUGGUAGUAGCGAAGACUGGUCGAAAGCGGAAGCGCGAAUCCGAAGUUCAGACGCUGCCGCAAUCAGAGAUUCUCAAUCUGCCGACGCAAUAUGCGAUGGACGGAGAUGACCUUGGCACCGAGACCUUUGCCGACGCCUCAAGUGCAUCCAAACCAGUCGAACCCAACAAGCUUCCGCCUCAGCCACCCAACGGCAGUACACCAGCACGCGGACCUGAUUCGCAGACGCAGGGGCUGCCAUCAUCCGAAGCUCCGACCGAGGAAGACUGCGUUGCGUGCAGGGCCCGAUGUACCGCGAUCGAACAACUUCUUCCUACAGCCUGGUUGGGAAGCGAGGCAAUUGAUCAAAUGCUGAACAAAUUUGUCCCAAACCAUGAGGAAUGGCUUGUCCUACAACCUAACGGUUUGCGUUUCCGUUAUGCAGACGGGACUCCUUCUUCCGUGCUGGGCCGUCUGAAGGAGAGCCACAACAACAUUAUAGCUCCUGCCAACCUCACAGAGAAUCACUGGACAAUAGUGCGGUUCGACCUCUCAACCCAUACUAUUCAUCUCUACGACCCCUACGGUGACGACCAGACUCUGAACGAUCUCAAAGAGGAAAUAUUGGCCUUUCUCAAAACCCGUCCUGAGUUUCCAGGGAUCAGGUGGCGGUACGUGAACGAUUCUGCUCAGCUUCAGAGGAAUUGCGUCGAUUGCGGAGUUUUCACUAUUGCUCAUGCGCUUCACUGGAUGUACGGAUUUCCUCUCGAACGCGACGGGAUGGACGCCCUGCGGUGGACUUGCGCGACUAUGCUGGUCAAAUGGCCAGCAAGUUGCGGGCAUCCUUACACUGGCUCUCAUCCACCUACUAUCCGCGACACGUCCUCCUUUACGAUACCCAACGAUUCUUUGGAGGCAUUCGGGGCGUUUGAUCAACUCCUCAAAUGCUGCGAUCACUUUAUUGCAUAUUCUGGGUACCUGAAGUCGACGCUUGAAGUCGUCAGUGAGAUGGCGAAGAAAACCAAUGAGUUUGCUGAAGACUGUCAGAAAAUUGUUCGUGAGGCUGUCGAGCGAUUCCGCCGGAAAAGCGGUUCUCUGACCAUUUCGAUUCCGCCUUCGGUUGACAAUGACCCGCGACAUGCCAUUCUUGUGGAUAUACAACAGGCAAUCGAAAACGAGAGGCAAACUUCGCAGAUGUACGCUUCGGGACGCCGAGAGCAAUUGAAGAAGAGGGUGGAGCAGGUUUUGUCAGAUGCUGGGAAGAAGCUCCAGCGAUUGUAG